AUGUCGUCGACACACUCCGACUCCUCGACCGUCGUACCCCCCUCGCCACCUGCAGCCGUCCCCGCCGUGCCUCUCCCACCACGUUCAGACGCAGCGGGAUCAAAGAAGGCACCGGUAUGGCCUAUCGCGGCGGUGGUCCCCGAAGCAGCGGCCGCUGCAGCUGCUACGCCGUCGGCCAAGUGUGGCAGACACGACCGAGAGGACGGGGUAUGCUGCAAAGAGCUGACUCACGACGAGAGGACGCUGGUGGACCCGGACGUUGUGCGGGAUGUUGUAAUUGGUCUCUCCGACGGCCUGACUGUUCCUUUCGCCCUCACCGCGGGCCUUUCCUCGCUAGGCGAGUCCAAACUCGUCGUCCUCGGCGGGAUUGCGGAGCUCAUCGCGGGUGCCAUCUCCAUGGGCAUCGGCGGCUUCCUCGCGUCCCAGGCUGAGCGCGACCACUAUCGCUACCUCCAGAAACAGACCGCGGAGAGAGUGCGCAGGAGCUGUGCGGGCGAGAUGGAGCGGGAGGUGCUGGAGGUGCUUGGACCGGUCGGUGUGGACGGAGGCACGUGUAGGCGAGUUGCGGGAUGUUUGAGGGAGGUCGAAGCGGAGGGAGAGGGGGACGCGUUGCUGGGUGAGGGGAGGAGAGAACCGAGCGCGGCGAGUGAUGUGGAGAGUGGGAGCUUGAGAUGGAGCAAGGAGGUUGGUCUGACGGCGUUUUUGCUCAAGUUUGGUCAAGGGCUGGAGGAAAUCCCCAACCGGCGGAUGUACAUCUCGGCGUUCACGAUCGGGAUGGGGUACCUCAUCGGCGGGCUCAUCCCACUCCUGCCCUAUUUCUUCAUCCCUCGCGCGCACGUUGCCCUGAUCUACUCCUCCCUCAUCACUGGGCUCGUUCUUCUCAUUUUUGGCGCGGUCAAGUCGCGCGUCACGGGUGCGGCGAUGGAUCUUGCGGGGUAUGCGUGGGGCGCGGUCAGCACGCUCAUGGUUGGCGGGCUGGCAGCAGCAGCGGCGUUUGGGAUCGUCAAGGCGUUGGAAGGGAGUGGGUAG